AUAAUGCUAGUUGGUUAAAACAGUGUAAAUAUAUAACUACUGAUUUACAACGAAAACAAAACAUAAUAAAGUUAUACAUUCGAAAUAUUUAUUAUUCUUACCUGUAAAAAAAACACUAACCAUGGAUACAGACAUAAAAUUAAGUGAUGCCCAAUUGUAUAGACCACCACCAGGGUAUUCAUUAAGUAGAACAACAUUAUACCGGUCACAAAGUGUUGAUACAUCUAGGAAACAAUCAAAUAAAUUAGUUGAUAUGGAACAAAUUGAUAUUAAUAAAUUAUCUAAAAUGAUUAAUAUGAAUCAUUUAAAAGGUUUACAAAUUAAACAAACAAUUAUGAAUGAAUUUGUAUAUAAAUUAUUGAUGUCUAUGAAAUAUUUAAAAGAAAUUGACCGCCGUAAAAAUAAAUCUAUUAUGAUAAACAAUCAAAGAUAUUUGAAAUUAACUAGAUUAUUACAAAUUUAUUUAUUACAACAAAGACAAUAUUUACUAUUACAAAUUGAUAUAUUACUAAAAAAAUUGAUCAAAUUAAAUGCGAAAUAUUUAAAUGAAGAUAAACACUUUGACUGUUUAUCAUUAAAAUAUACAUCUUUAUGGAAAGAUUAUAAUCAAUUAAAAAAUGAUUUUAAAAAGUAUAAAAUAAUUCAAAUUUUAAAUCUUUUACAAAAUCAAUUAAAAAUUUAUAAAAAUUUUUUAAAAUCAAUAAAAGAAUAAACAAUUUAAAUUAAAUUGUGUAACAUUUAAGAAAGAAUAUUUACAAUAUGUACUAAAACAAUUAGAAAUUUUGUUCAAAAAUAAAAAAACAAAAAAAUGUGGGAAAUUUAAAUUUAAAAAUAUACAAUUAAAUAAACAAAUAAAUAAUAAACAUGGAAUGGUAAGAUAUAUAGAUGUAAGAAUAAAGCAAUUAAUAAAUGAAAAUAAUAAAUUAAAACAAAAAUUAAUGAAAAAUCGAGUUCAACAAACAAAUAAUAAGUUGAUUAGAAUUGGAAUUGAUUAAAUACAUGAAACGUUUUUUUUUUGAUUACAAAAGAAAUAUCAUGCAAUUCACAGAUUUAUAAUAGAGAAAAUGAAACAAGAAAACUAUUACAAAAUCAACUACAAUAAAUAUGUGGAUUGACAAAGAAGAAGAAAUGGAAACUCGUAGAAAUACUUCGUGUUGAGAAAUCCACAUUAUACCAAAAUUAUCGUAAUAAAAGAAGUAAUAAUUAUUAAUUUCCUCUCUAAAAAGGAAAUAUAAACUAACCUAGAAAACGUAAGAAAUUCUGAUCUCCACUUACAAAUAUUUCAUUAUUUUAUUAGUGAUCUUCUUUGGGUGUAAUAAACAGGAUCUUAGAAAAACUAAAUCACUUAUUACACUUUAAGUUAUUCAAUAUGUAAAGUUGGACAUGCACCUACAUACUUUCUGUUAAUUCACAUGAAGACACGCAAUCGAAUAAUAAAAGAUUCUAUAUUACAAACAUAAGUGACAUGCAAUUCAACUAUCCACUCAUGUGUAGAUGUACUUUUCAAAAGAAUGAACAGAAAAAUAGGAACAUGUGAAAUCUUGACAAACAUUGAAGAUUCAAGAAGGAUAAUUUUUAAAAUAAUAUCACACGAUAAACCUAUUUAACAGUACACAUCAUUAUUCCAUCGUAGACUGAAAGGUGGAAGGCAACUUUGUGAAAGUCUACAUUGAGACGAGAAAAGCGAUAAAACAGAGAAAUAAAUCUUGCAUCCAGAUAAAAUUAUUCACAGUGAUUAUUGUUGUUGGUUCAAAUAAUGAAUAAAUAACAGAUUUAUCUGCUGAUAUCAUUGAUAAAUUAUUGCUUUUCAAGUAGACGCAUGAACUUAAUUAUGAUCCUACGUAAAAUUAUUCACUCUUUCAAACAAACUACCGUCUUACAAAAUAGAUACCAGUAUAUCGUCUAGUUUUCCAUGCUUAUACGUAGUAAUCGACGUUUAUUGGUCAACAUGGCUACUGGGCAAAACUAAUCAAUAAAAUAACUUACAGUGGUCAACGCCUAAUCGUCGGAUUCAAUUGGUAGGAAAUUUGGGACCUACGUUUAGUGCAAUUGUAAACUCAUCAGUGACACAUAUUCACAACACCAAUAGAUUGUCAGAAGUCGUAAAAUACUAUCUGAAAUAUUUCAUUUACUUUCCAUAGUAAAUUAUUUAACCAAUUGGAAAAUCCACAUAACUGAUCAUAUUCAACAUAAGCUUUAUCUAAUGAGUAUUGUUGAUUAACAUAGGUUAAAAAUAAUGUAGCAAC